AGGGGUUGCUGUACUCUAGUCCCGAGUGCCUGAAGACACCCAGUGAUCUAGUUCGGCUUUGGAUGCAUGAAUCCGAUCGAGUCUACGGUGACAAGUUCAUCGAUGAAAAAGACAUUGAAACAUUCCAAAAAGUUUUGGUAGAUUUUGGCAAAAAAUAUUUUGAGGAUGUUGAUGAGGAUACAUUUACUAAAAAGCCCAACAUCUUUUGCCAUUUUGCCGGUGGCAUUGGUGAUCCAAAGUACCUCGCCGUUCCUGGCUGGGAUGAGCUCAGCAAGAUCCUAGUGGAAGCCUUGGACAGUCACAAUGAAAUCAAUGCUGUUAUGAACCUGGUGCUCUUUGAAGAUGCCAUGCAACAUGUGUAA